GUUAUUUAGGUUAAAUUGUGCAGAAAAAUAUGUUUAUAUAUUGACCAUAUGAUCUAAGCUGCAAUGUGCAUGAGCAACUUUUAUCCUCUGUUAUAUUAGUGCGCUGAAACAUUUCAAAACUCAGAUAUUCACAGUGCAAAUAUUUUAAAUAACAAACUAUAUAUUUUCAUACAUUCAACGCCAUCCUCCUGUCAUAUCCACACCAAGCCACAGGGCGGAGACUUUUACGCAUGCGUUACCCUUUGUACGUCCCUCCCCUAAAGCAGGCGGAGCGUCAGAUGAUCGAGAAAAUGUCAACAACAUGCCGGAGACUUCCAGAGAAAUAGAAACUGUUGAGGGAAGGAGUGACAGACAACAAAGAGAUCAAGGAAACCAGUCGUCUCAUAACGUCGUGUCUAUAAUAUCUCAGUUUGCAGAUGAUAAUUUAACGCUUGUGCGGAACAUAAGCACCGUGCUGGCAGUUACUGGUGUUGUUGUCAUAGCAAGGAGUAUCAAACUGAUCACCAAAUUUCAAGCUGCGUCUGAGAUCCCCGCUCGCUUCAUCGAGAGGAACGUCAGCCUUCGCGGGAAAGUUCAUUCGAUCACAGAGAGGGGAGUUGAAGUGGAACAUGUCCCGAUUUAUCUGCCGGUCCUCUCGACGGUACUUUCAAAACACAAAGGUGUGUCCACGUCCCCGCUGCUGGUCCAUCUUGCAGGGGUGGAGUUGACUCCAGAGGGCAGGGUAUGGCUGCAGAAGAACCUGGCUCCUGCCCAAACAGUGUGGCUCAAACUUAUCAGCCGAGAGGACGACACGCUACACUGUUUGCUGUCUCAAAGCAGGGGGUCGGUGUGGAGCUACUGUGUGAACGAAGAGGUCCUCAGGCUGGGUCUGGCUCGCACUGCGCCUGUUGUCGGAGUCCUGCCUGACUCUCGUCUCUACUGGCGUCUCCACAAGCGGCUGCACAGGGCAGAGGUCAGAGCUGAGAGGAAAGGGCGUGGACUGUGGAAGCAGGACAGCCUCUGGGAGAGAGCCUCCAAGGCUGUCUGGGACAGUGCUGUAUUCAGAUUGAUGAAGAGGAUCUUUAAGAGGAGCUGAUGCACUAAGUGACUGAUUGUUCCAAGACAGAGCUCUGAAAUGAUCAAAACGUGACAGCGCACACUCACUGUUUUAUUUGUACUGCCAACUGAUACAUCAAUGCAUCUAAAAAGGAGUUUAAAAGGCUAAAAAAAAAAAGGUGCCAUCCAUUACUAAUCUGACAGACUAAUCUCACAGGCUUCUCAGUGUUAUGAAAACAGUUUCUCUGAUAUCACAAACAACAAGAGCUCUAAUUUCUACGUUACAUUCCUCGCCUGUCGUAAAGCUUCAUGGUUUAUUUUUCACUGUAUUCCACGAUCUUUAGAAGUUAGAAGUGAUUAAAAAGGUUGUUCUGCCU